AUGAAAACUAUAUUGAUUUUAUCGGUUUGCUAUUUGGCUGCUGYUGCCAGUGCYUWCCGUUUUGAUAUCCCGGAGCUGCCGGUCAAUGCCAAUGGUACGAGUUGGGCAUUUUUGGCUGCCGGUGGUAACGGUUUCUCAUUGGACUGGGCUAUCCAGGCCGAUGUCUACCAUGCCUUUCAAGUGUUCAAAGCUCGUGGCGUACCCGAGGAAAACAUAAUUGUCAUGCAUUUGGACAAUCAGGCAACGAAAAAAUCCAACCCUAAACCGGGCACAGUUAUCAAUGUCCCGGGUGGUCCCGAUGUCUAUCAUGGUGUACCCAAACACUAUACCGGUCUGGAAGUUACUGCCAAAAACUUUUUAGCUGUACUACGUGGUGAUGAAACCUUAAAACAGCAGGGUAAAAAAGUAUUGGAAUCGGGACCCGAGGAUAAUGUAUUUGUCUAUUUUAUGGACCAUGGUGGCCAUCAGUUGGUUGCCUUUCCACAUGGCGGCUAUAUGUAUGCCAAAGAUUUGAUUGCCACAUUGAAGGCUAUGCAUACCGAUCGGAAAUACAAUAAACUAGUAUUUUAUUUGGAAGCCUGCGAAUCGGGAUCCAUGUUCAAUACACUACUACCCCAGGAUAUCAACGUAUAUGCCGUCACCUCAUCGACACCCACCCAAUCCAGUUGGGCCUGGGGUUACGAUAAAGUUUACAAAGAGUAUACAGAAAAACAAACCGAAUCACUGGACGACCAGUUCGAGUAUAUUAAGACCAAAACUGCCGAAGACUAUCACGACCCGCAAUCCGGCCAGAAAUGGCAUCAAAAUGCCCAACACUACGGCGAUCUGACCGUUGCUAAGCAGGAUAUUGGCCAGCAAUGA